GUUUAAUGGGGGCGGGGGAGGAAAAGAGGUCCUCGCGCCGUGUGUGUUAUGUGCGCACGCGCCUGCCUUUUCUCAAUCUGGUGUCGGGGGACUACAAUUCCCAUCAUUCCUGGCCAAGCCUGCCGGGGCUGAUAAGAGUUGUAGUCCCACGACGCCGGGUUGAGGAAAGGCGGGCGAAAGUGCUUAAUGGGGAUUCUGACAGUGUUGUUUCGGGUCUCCAUUAACCCAGUUCCCUCUGCCCGUUGAAUCCUCCCUUCCCACCAUCAGGUGCAACACGUGUCGCACCGUGCGGGGGUAACCCAUCCCGCACUCCUUUUAAGUUUUAUCCUCGCCGUGGUCGUCUCCAUCCUCCCAACCCCGUAGGGGGGAAAUGAGCUGGUGUUUGUCAAGGAAGGAGGCGACGCGCUGAAAGCGCACGGACUGAGGGAAGCGCGCCUCGCGCGGCAGCUGUUGGCGAAAGGGAACGUUGGGGGCGAGGGAGCCGGCGGGGGGCGGGUGCGCGCCGCCGCCAAACGAAGCCCUUUCAAAAAAGCGGGAAAGGCGCGUGGGUUCGUCCCGGGGGUCUCCAUGGCGACCUCAUUGUUACGCGGCCCCCAGGGUCGCCCUGGCGACACCAGGGAGGGGAAAGUGCGGGAGGCACGUGGAUCCAGCCCGGCGGCUCUUGCCAUUUUCCCGCCGGUGCCCCGAGGCGGUGCGAGACUCCUGCGAGCCGGAGGGCGGGGUCCGAGCGCGGCGCGCGUGCCCCUGGCGGGAGGGGGAGCCGAGAACGUUUGCGAACCAACCGCAGGAAACAAACGGGCGGUCACAGAGGGCGGAGGCUGAGCUCACAAUCCCCGCAACAAUCCCUCUCCCCGGGGGGCGGGCUACGGCAUGGAAGAAGGGGCGCAGGGGGAAACCCCCCGAGAGCAGCACCGCCUCCUGCACCCCGCGGCUUGGCAGGGCGCUCCCCGGAUGGACCACCUUCUCCUGCACCCUCUCUCGGGGCAGGGGGCCAGGGACCCGCACCUCCUGCUCUUCUCCCCCAAACAGGGGCCGCAGCACUCCCUGAUGCACCCCCUGCCGCCCGCCAAGCAAAAUGCCCUGCGCAGGGAGCAGAAACCUCCGCUGCCUGGGGAAGGGCUUGCCUAUAAAGAGCAGCAGCAGCAGCAGCACCUGUUGGAAGACCAGCCCUGCCUUGGCAGGCAGCUCUGCCAGCCUGGCCUCGGGUUGGAACCUGGGGUUUGCGAGAAGCUGGAAGAGGCGGUGGCGGAGGGAAAUGGCCAGCAGAAGGUGCUGCAAGUGAAAGCGGAGGAGCGGGAGCAAGAGAACCAACUGCUCCCGACGGGCUGCAGCAACAAGAGAAAGAGAGGGGAGCACAGGGCGGCUGCCAGUCGUCGAGGAGGGAAGGAGGAGGGAAGCAGCGGCGCGAAAGGAGGGGGGGAAGUCAAAGUGGGGAAAGGAGAAGAGCCGGAGGAGAUCAAGAAAGAGGUGAAGGUGGAAGAGAAUUGUGAUGCCAAAGCCUUGGGGUCCGGAAAAGAAGGGGCCAUCAAAACGGAACUGGUGGAGCCUCGCGAGGAAGCUUGCAAGGGGAGGGAAGAGGUGGCAUCCAAGCCUCGCCCCUCCUCCAACGGCCCAGCUCAUGUCCACAAAGAUGCUGACUUGGCUCAGCCUCUCGGGACUCAGCAUCCUCAAGAACUGAAGAUUCCUGUCACGCUCCAUGCUGUCCCUCCUGGGGCUAGAAUCCAGUUUCAGGGGCCACCUCCAUCUGAGCUCAUAAGAGUGACUAAAGUGCCAGUGGCACAAGUACCCCUUAAAAUGCAGUCCUUGCUGGAGCCUUCAGUGAAAAUAGAAACGAAAGAUGUGCCUCUCACAGUGCUACCCUCAGAUGCAGGGAUACCAGACACUCCAUUUAGCAAAGACAGAGAUGGCCAUGUCAAGCGUCCCAUGAAUGCAUUUAUGGUGUGGGCAAGAAUUCACCGGCCAGCCUUAGCCAAAGCUAACCCUGCUGCCAAUAAUGCGGAGAUAAGUGUUCAGCUUGGAUUGGAGUGGAACAAACUCACAGAAGAGCAAAAGAAACCUUAUUAUGAUGAAGCUCAGAAGAUUAAAGAAAAGCACAGAGAAGAAUUCCCUGGUUGGGUUUACCAGCCACGACCUGGCAAAAGGAAGCGGUUCCCCUUGACAGUCUCCACAGUAUUCUCUGGCACUACUCAGAAUAUCAUUGCUACCAGCCCAAUGACAGCCUCCACUGUCUUUACUGGGACAUCUCAGAAUAUUAUUACUACAAAUCCAACCACCAUUUACCCUUUCCGAUCUCCCACCUACUCUGUGGUCAUACCCAGCGUACAGAACAGCAUUGGACACCCAGUCUGUGAAGCCCCUUCUACUAUCCAGCUGCCAGGUCCUUCUGCUCAGCAUCCAGGCCCUAUUACGCUGUUCCAGCCAAAUGUAGGAAGCACAGCGCCACUGGCUGCCUCAACGGCAAAUCUGCCGAUUCGUCCAGUGCUUCAACCUCAGCGUUUUGCUGCACCUUCACCAACAGAAGCUCACCGUGUAUCUUCAGGAACAAAUUGCUCUAUAAAGAGACCAACCCAGAUUUCUAUUGAAAGUGCAAGCAGGAACCCAAAUAAUACAAGCACCACACAUUCCAGAUACAGUGUCUCAAAUAGUCAACCCCCUAAGGAGUACUCAGGUGUUUCUUCUUGUUCUAGAAAUGGACCCAUUCCUCAAGCUCCUCCCAUCCCCCAUCCACACGUUUAUCAACCUCCUCCCAUCGGUCAUCCAGCCACCCUGUUCGGAGCUCCUCCUCGAUUUUCAUUUCAUCAUCCUUACUUUUUACCUGGGCCCCAUUAUUUCCCAUCAAGCACAUGUCCAUACAGUCGCCCACCAUUUGGCUACGGAAACUUCCCCAGCUCCAUGCCUGAAUGUCUUGGCUUUUAUGAAGACCAGUAUCAAAAACAUGAGGCGAUGUUUUCUGCUCUGAAUAGAGACUAUCCUUUUAGAGAGUAUCCUGAUGAGCAUACACAUAGCGAAGACUCCCGUAGCUGCGAGAGCUUAGAAGGGACAUCCUAUUACAGCAGCCACAGUCAGACUGAAGAAGAAUACUUAAAUCCUAUGCCACAGCUGGACAUUGGGGCCCUUGAGAAUGUUUUUACUGCAACCCCAUCCACACCCUCUAGUGUACAGCAGGUCAAUGUGACUGAUAGUGAUGACGAGGAAGAAGGAAAGGUGUUAAGAGAUUUGUAAUUUUAAAAACCCAAAUGAUAGUAUCCAGCAUAAUUUUUUAAAGCAUGAAAUAAAACAUGUUGGUCAUAUAACACUAUUUUAGUGAGUGUGGUCAAGAAGACAUAAUUGAUCCAGGUUUUAAAAUUGUUAUGAUACAUUGGAGGUUUUUCAGGGCACUGUACCAUCGCAGGAGUUGUACCUUAAUAGACCUGAUUUCAUAUACUUUACCUUGUCAGGGUAGGUCAUAAGACUGAGCUGUUUGUAUUAUAUGUUUGUGCACCAUCUUUCUGUCAAACUUCCAGAAUCUGACUGAUGCACUUUAUUGAUGCUGCACAGACACAGCAGUGAUCUACCUGCACCAUGCAUUCAGUUUUACAUGCAUGCAAAGGAAAGGUGUGACUCAUUCAUGGAGUCAGGACAUAAUGCCAUCAGUUUUAUGUCGAUGCAAUGCCAGAAGCAGCAGAUACAUUCACCAGGCUUUUCUAGAGACUUACCCGUCUAAUCCUACAUGGCAAUAGGAUCACUCACUUAUGGGGGCAGACUUUCCUAACUCAGAACUUUUGUUAUUUAUGUUCCUAGAUGACAUAGUGGGAUGUUCAUUCUAAUCUACAUAUUUAUGGAGCAAGUGAAAUUCUGUUUAUUUUCAGGAUUUUAAAAUUGCUAUCUUUUUAAAGCACUUGUUUCAGAAUAUAUAUAUAUAUAUAUAUAUAUAUAUAUAUAUGCGCACUGAAAAUGGUUACAUAGUAGUCUGAAAUUCUACAGCCCCUCUUAUGAUUUUAACUUCCUCCUCGAUAAGAGGAUUUCAUAUUUAAAGCCCACAUAAAUGGGACUGUUGAAUGAACAAGUAAUGGUGAAUCUAGCUGUGUGUUGUAUACAAGUGGGCUAUGAUUCUAUACCAGAGUAUAUUUAACAGUAAUAUCUCAGGCAUACAUUUUAAAUGUAUCUUUUGAAAAAUAGAUGUAACAGAAGGUAAUGUUGCUAAAUGUUCAUGUUAGAAAACAUUUUUAUUUUGAUAUUUUUCUUUGUUUUGGGGGUGGGGUUGAUAGUACAUUUGUUCCAUUUUUGUUACAUUAAAAUAAAAUCACAUGAACUGUAUGUUGUUAGCUCUAUAUAUUGUGAUGAACUAUAAAUUAAGAAUGUCAUGAUCCUAUUGUGUCCAUGUAAUAAUAAGUGAAAACACAGUAACCA